GUUUUGUUAAAUAUUUUUUGAAUUUAAUUUUCAUUUCAUUUCAUUGAGUGUAAGGUCUGUGUGGAGGGCAGGGCUUAGGCAUAGUGUGUGUAUAAUCGCCGCACAAUUGUUAUAUACCUGUGAGAGAGUGGUUGUAUACCUGAAGCACAGGUAUGUAUGAGUGCCGAGAGUUGUAUACCUGUGCCUAAAAACUCUGCUCUAACGCUAACCGCUGUGGAGAGCGUAUGGUAGAGAAGGGGCACUACUUUUGUCCCAUAUAUACAACAAUUGAUAUCAUAAUAAGUGUUGAUAUGAUAUAACAAAAUACCAGAAAUUGUUUGAAACAAAACUCAAACUUAUGGUGUAUUUGAGAGAAUAUAAUCGAUGUUUACUCUAACUCAAUGUCAAAUCCAUUGUGAACGCGAUUGUAGGCAAUGGACGACUCGGGUAAUCACGCAGAGCUCAUCUUAGACCAAGAGGUCUACUGUUCCCACAAAAGCCGCGGAUGUCGUAAAGUAAUGGCGCUCUCGGAACUCGAUACACACGUGAAGGCCUGUAUGUAUAGUUUGGUCCCGUGUCCGCUGAAGUGCGGUCAGGCCAUCACCAUUAAGUCGUUGCCCCAACACAUGGCGAGUCUGUGUCGGCGACGAAUCGCUUUGUGUCAGUAUUGCGAGGAAGAGAUCGCGUGGGAAACCAAAGAAGAGCACGAAAAUAGUUGCCCCAAAAGACCGGUCAGUUGUAUGUAUUGUCACAAACACACUAUCAUUCAGAAAGAGUUGAAGUUUCAUCUCGACAACUGUCCACUCAAACCAACCAACUGUAGACUUAGGCCAUUGGGAUGUAAAUACAUGGGAAAUCAACUGGAAGUGGAUGAACACGAGUCCAUAUGGUCUACACAUAUGGAUAUUAUUCUUAAAUAUAUUCUCCAGAAUAAUAAUAUUAAUGGACAGCAGGAUAAGUCAAAGAACCGAAUGGCAGAUGUGGUGCAGAUCGUGAAGAACCUGAACAGUGAAAACUCUGAACUAACCGAUAGAGUAAAUGAGUUGUGCGAAAGAGUGGAAUCACUGGAAGCGACUAAUAAGACACUAACGGAACAGUUGACGAAAUUAGAAACCAUAGAAAAGGCUGACAUCGCGUCUAUGAGGACAUUGAUUGAAGUAUUGAGAACAGAGCUCGAAAACCGAAACACUAAGAAAUUAAUGGCUAACAGGAGUUGUCUCACAACCGCUACUUAG